CCCCGCAGGGCAGGGGCCGGCCACGGCUGGCGUCGGCGGGGCGUGGAGAAACCGCGGCGGCGGCCGCAUCCUUGCCGCCUGCCCCGGCCGGGCCGUGUCCCGGAGCCGUCGGGCAUGGAGCCGUGGAAGCAGUGCGCGCAGUGGCUCAUCCACUGCAAGGUGUUGCCCGCCAACCACCGUGUGACCUGGGACUCGGCGCAGGUAUUCGACCUGGCGCAGACGCUCCGCGAUGGAGUCCUGCUCUGCCAGCUGCUCAACAAUCUCCGGGCGCACUCCAUCAACCUGAAGGAGAUCAACCUGAGGCCGCAGAUGUCCCAGUUUCUCUGUUUGAAGAACAUAAGGACAUUCCUCACGGCCUGUUGCGAGACCUUUGGAAUGAGAAAGAGUGAACUCUUUGAAGCAUUUGACCUGUUUGAUGUUCGUGACUUUGGAAAGGUUAUAGAAACACUAUCACGACUUUCUCGCACACCUAUAGCACUGGCCACAGGAAUCAGGCCCUUCCCAACUGAAGAGAGCAUUAGUGAUGAAGACAUCUACAAAGGCCUUCCUGAUUUGAUAGAUGAAACGCAUGUGGAGGGUGAAGAAGGUCUCUACGACUGUGUUUAUGGGGAAGAUGAAGGUGGAGAAGUCUACGAGGACUUAAUGAAAGCAGAGGAAGCACAUCAGCCUAAAUGUCCAGAAAAUGACGUACGAAGUUGCUGCCUAGCAGAAAUUAAGCAGACAGAAGAAAAAUACACAGAAACGUUGGAGUCAAUAGAAAAGUAUUUCAUGGCACCACUAAAAAGAUUUCUGACAGCAGCAGAAUUUGAUUCAGUAUUCAUCAACAUUCCUGAACUUGUAAAAGUUCAUCGGAACCUAAUGCAAGAGAUUCAUGAUUCCAUUGUAAAUAAAAAUGACCAGAACUUGUAUCAAGUUUUUAUUAACUACAAGGAAAGGUUGGUUAUCUAUGGGCAGUACUGCAGUGGAGUGGAGUUGGCCAUCUCGAGUUUAGACAAUAUUUCUAAGACAAAAGAAGAUGUAAAACUGAAAUUAGAGGAAUGUUCCAAAAGAGCAAAUAAUGGAAAAUUCACUCUUCGAGAUUUGCUUGUGGUUCCUAUGCAACGUGUUUUAAAGUAUCACCUUCUCCUCCAGGAAUUGGUCAAGCAUACCACCGAUCCUACUGAGAAGGCAAAUCUGAAAUUGGCUCUUGAUGCAAUGAAGGACUUGGCACAAUAUGUGAAUGAAGUGAAAAGAGAUAAUGAGACCCUUCGUGAAAUUAAACAGUUUCAGCUCUCUAUAGAAAAUCUGAACCAACCGGUUUUGCUUUUUGGACGACCUCAGGGAGAUGGUGAAAUUCGAAUAACUACUCUAGACAAGCACACGAAACAAGAAAGGCAUAUCUUCUUAUUUGAUUUGGCAGUGAUUGUAUGUAAAAGGAAAGGCGAUAACUAUGAAAUGAAGGAAAUAAUAGAUCUUCAGCAGUACAAAAUAGCCAACAAUCCUACAACUGAUAAAGAAAAUAAAAAGUGGUCUUAUGGCUUCUACCUCAUCCAUACCCAGGGACAAAAUGGAUUAGAAUUUUAUUGCAAAACAAAAGAUUUAAAGAAAAAAUGGCUGGAACAGUUUGAAAUGGCUUUAUCGAACAUAAGGCCAGACUACGCAGACUCCAAUUUCCAUGAGUUCAAGAUGCACACCUUCAAUCGGGUUACAUCCUGCAAAGUCUGCCAGAUGCUCCUGAGAGGAACAUUUUAUCAAGGCUAUUUAUGUUUUAAGUGUGGCGCGAGAGCGCACAAAGAAUGCUUGGGAAGAGUAGACAAUUGUGGCAGAGUUAAUUCUGCUGAACCAGGGACGCUCAAACCACCAGAGAAACGGACCAAUGGACUCCGAAGAAGCCCCAGACAGGUGGAUCCAGGCUUACCAAAGAUGCAGGUCAUUAAGAACUAUACAGGAGUACCACUCCCAGCUCAUCAUGAAGGACCCCCACUGCAUAUCCAGGCAGGGGAUACAGUCGAACUUCUGAGAGGAGAUGCCCACAGUCUGUUCUGGCAGGGUAGAAAUUUAGCAUCUGGAGAAGUUGGAUUUUUUCCAAGUGAUGCUGUUAAGCCUUGCCCGUGUGUGCCCAAACCUGUAGAUUAUUCUUGCCAACCCUGGUAUGCUGGAGCAAUGGAAAGAUUGCAGGCAGAAACUGAACUUAUUAAUAGGGUAAAUAGUACUUACCUUGUGAGGCACAGGACCAAAGAGUCAGGAGAAUAUGCAAUUAGCAUUAAGUACAAUAAUGAAGCCAAGCACAUCAAGAUUUUAACAAGAGAUGGCUUUUUUCACAUUGCAGAAAAUAGAAAAUUUAAAAGUUUAAUGGAACUUGUGGAGUACUACAAGCAUCAUUCUCUUAAAGAAGGUUUCAGAACCUUGGAUACCACCUUACAGUUUCCGUACAAGGAGCCCGAACAUUCAGCUGGACAGAGGGGUAAUAGAGCAGGCAACAGCUCCCCUUCUUUGUUCUGUGGGUUUUCUUUUGUAACUCCUCCAGACUACAGCUUUGUUCCCCCUUCCUCCACUCCUUUCUGGUCAGUGCUAAGUCCGAAAGUGCUGGGCAUUGCCAUCGCGCGGUAUGACUUCUGUGCCAGAGACAUGCGAGAGUUGUCCUUGCUAAAGGGAGAUGUGGUGAAGAUUUACACGAAGAUGAGUGCGAAUGGCUGGUGGAGAGGAGAAGUCAACGGCAGGGUGGGCUGGUUUCCAUCCACGUACGUGGAGGAGGAUGAAUAAAUUGCAGUCCAGCGUCGUACCCGGCACCAGAAAUCUCAGAGAAGGGAUACGUAGAAGCCUGCACAGCAUUGUGAAUUGACUGAAGUGUUUAAAAAGCCACAUUUCUGGCUAUUCAACCUCCUCCCUCCUCUUCCCCUCCUAAGUCUUAAUGCUGGGAUUUCUAAAGAUGCUGGUACUGACAGAUUAAUGGCUUGCCUCGAGCUGUGCAAGAAACAGCCUGCCAGUCUGUCAUUGUCGGGGACCAGGGCAGAGCCCAAAGCUUCUUUUCCCAAAAGAGCCCUGCAAACACAUUGGCUCGUGGUGCUUUUUACUCCGUGUGGUCAGACACCACGAAUGCCAGCUAUUAGGAGACGUGGAACACAUAUUUACUUUCUUCUCACGUGUCAUUUACCAGAAUUUUAGAUGGUACAAAGAAGCAGAAGUUUCAUUUUGCUUUUCCCAGCAUGAGGAAAAAGUCGAGUUUUGCUAUUUGGGCAGCUCACGGGAAAGGUCCAACACUCCUCCUGUCUUCAAUUGCCUCACAAGGUGACUCACUGCCUGGCAAACACUUUUACCCCCAGAUGUGACUCGUGAUAAACUAGAAGAGGCAAAUGCUCAGGUUCGCUUCAUGAGUGACGUAUCCCAGAGGGGUUUUAAUUAUUCAUUUGAUGUUCUGAUUAUAUUUGCAAACUUCUUUUUGAAAAAACAUACAUAAAAGCAAGCGUCUUCAUAUUAAAUUUUCACAACCUUCAUGAUUUCGUAGGGUUAUUUUGGAAAUGUGUGCUUGAUGAAAUAAUCUGGGUUGGGUAUGUUCUAGGUAGUUUCAAGUAACUUGGUAAGGUGAUGUUGUUUACAGAAACAGAUCAAGGGCUAUCACUGAGAAUAAUCAUUUUAUAGAAUCAACAUCUGUGAACAAAGGCCUUCCCACCUGUCCUGACACCUGACCCCCCAGCCCCUGCCCAGAAAAAAGAAAAAAAAAAAAAAAAAAACCUGGUACAUAUCUGCUGAAUCUCACAUUUUCCUGGACUAUUUACAGUAGCACAAAUAACUUCGCUGAGGAUCUUGUAAGGGAAACACAGCUGGGUCCUUCAUGCAUUUCCGGGACAGGAGGGUCACUAAGCCUUUCCUGGUCUUACUCACUGUGGGCUCCCGGCUUUCACUAAGUCUUUCCCAUCUGCUGGCCCUUUUGGGAUAUGUGCUAACUGGUAGGAAGAUCAGUUUUGCAGUGCACUUAUUUGACCAAGCUUUUACUUUUUAUGUGAGAAGUUUAAAUAUGUUCUUCCUGGGAUAUACAGAGUCCUCAGUCAAGGCAGUCAAGUUAAGACAUUAACUUGGCCUUUUCCUGAUGAAAUAUUUUCUUCAGAGCAGAAGUCUCCUUCUGACAUGAUUCAGAGAGUGUUUCAUGUUUGAAGACAACAGAGCCAAAACAUUAGAAGCAUUAACCUACUAGAGCCAAACUAAGAACAUAUGGUUCUGAAAUUUUAGAUCAUCUCUGACAUACGAGGUAGGUGUGGCCUGCCCUCUCCCCGACGCACCUUAAUUCUAGAACUCAAUGUUGAGUAGACACAUAAUCCUUCAGAGACCUUUGUGAGCUAGGACUUCUCAAAAGAUAGAUUCAGGACCUUUACCUCAGAAUUAUGUAAACUGUGAUCACGUUGUAGAAAAGUUAUUAUUUGCUAAAACCAGUUAAGUUUUUGUAUAUGUGUAAAUGAUCACAAAAGUGAAUUUUAUAAAAUGUUCUGUAUAGUCAAGUUGUACCCUCAAGGUCUUCUCUUGGAGUGGAUUCUUUCCUGUGAAGUCUUAUCUGCAACUCUGUGUCUCGGGAAUGUUUUGUCUGUUACUGCCAGCCACAUGUCGUUGUGGAGAAAGUCGCAUCACACAAAUCGAAAUGCUCCUGUGUACAGUACUAUAGUGUGUACUGUUUACUUUAUUGUUAUUUUAGCCAAUAGACACCUCCCCCUUACCAGCGGAGUUUGGUCUUCUUGUUGCAUUUCAUAGACCUGGGGGCUUCCUAGCAGAGGACUUUAGGCCCCUUUUCAUGACAUUACCGAUUACAUCUUUGUCUAUGUUUAAUACUUUGUAUUGGAAAUUUUAAAUGCUGCGGAUUUGUGUAGAUUUCUAAUACCAAAGAUGGAAGUAAAUGUUUUUUUCUGUAUGCUUUGUCUUGCCGGUAAGCAGCCAUUGUGUAAUAUGGUGAGUUAGAGUGGUAUUUUACUUUGUAAUAUUUUGUAAAUAUGUCGAUACAAUAAAUAGUUACUACUUGCAUUAAA